GUUAUAGACUCUUUUCUCCCAGAGGAAAAGACAGCCCAGAGCUCGGCUCGAAUCGCGUACUUCUACUGUUCAAGGACGUCUGAUGAUACCAAACGAGGCGAUCCGUCCAAUGUUCUCCGCUCUAUAGCGAAACAGCUAGCUGAAUCUGGGGAUUUGGCUUCUUCGGCAUACACUGCAACUAUUAACCUCAUCAUUGAAUUGAAAGAAAUCAACUCAUGCACUAUCAUCAUUGACGGUCUCGAUGAGUGCCAAAACAGAACGCGCGGAGACCUGCUGCACGGCCUCAACACCAUAGCAUCCUCUCCUGGAAAGGCUGUUAAGAUAUUUGUCGCUAGUCGGGAUGACAAUGACAUUAAUGGGGCUUUGUUACGUUACCCAAAUCGUUGCAUUGAUGCUCAGGACAAUGAAGCAGAUAUUCGGAGGUAUGUCGGGGAGGAAUUAGAGAAGGCGAUACAAAAUAGAUUGAAAUCUUAUCCUCAACGUAUCUUGGCCAAGCUUGAGAAGAAAAUACAGAAUACGCUGGUUGAUGAAGCCGGGGGCAUAUUCCGCUGGGUCUCGCUGCAGCUGGAGGCUUUGUUUGACACAAGCAGAAAUAGAAUAGAGGCAGACAUGGAGUAUCAGCUGUCAAGACUUCCACCGGACCUCAAGGCCAGUUACGACGUCAUCUACGAGCAACUUCUGGCGCAAGGUGGACCUAGUCAAAUCAUCGCACAUAAGGCAAUUGCUUGGUUACUAUGUGCAAGGCAGCCAAUCUCGACCCUUGAUUUUAUUCAAGCUCUCAAUGUGGGUGAUGGCUCUCCUAAGAUCAGAACCAAGGAGGAGGUCUUAGCUAUCUGUGGUAAUUUCGUCAAGCACGACGAAGAUCUCGACCGAUUUCGGAUCUUUCACCUGUCAGUCACCAAUUAUUUCGAAGAACAGCGAUCCGAUUGG